AUAACCCAGCAGCCACUCCAACAUCAAGUGACGGAGAUCAGGUGGCUGCUGUCCAACCGCGAAGCACCAACAAGUCCCGCAACAAUGGGAAGGCGAAAUCCUCAUGGCAGUUUCCAUGGGUCAAAUUUGGCUUGACAGAGGCGGAGUACAAGGUCCGCGGCCGCUACGGCAGUUGCUAUUGGUGCAACAGCACCAAGCACAAGACCUCCCUGUGCCAAGAUCAGGGCAAGGAGGAUGUGCGACCCCGCCUCAGCUCGGGAAAUUGAGUUCCGCGGAAGGUGAGACGACUCCACCUUCCACUCCGCCAGAUUCGGCCGCCUUGCUAGCGGCCUUCUGCACAUCUAGGGAGGAUGCAAAUGUCGUAAGUCCUCGCUUCACUUAUGAGGUCUAUACUGUCCACUUGGUUCCACCGCUGGACAACCCGCUCCACGUGCAACAGUCCACCGCAUGCACGGUUUCAUCACCAUCGGCAACCGAUUCGGCAGCUUCGCCACAAUCUAUCGCCGGGGAUUUGACGUCAUGGUCAAGACUUGAUGAGCUCGACCCAUUGACGUUCACGGACUUCCAUUGGAUGCCCGUUCCCUUGACCAGACGAUUGCCGAAACCGCAUUGCAACGUGCUUAUGGCACAAUUGCGGGAGUACUUGCACACUGCAGUACCAGCUCCGUUGAUGGACGCUGGAGAAGAGGUUGUCGACCUUCUCGCGUACAUCGCGAAGAUCGACCGCGAGUUUAAGACGCAACGGCACGACGACAUCGACGCACCAGUGCUAUACGUACGCAUUCAGAUCGCAGAGGCGACCCGCAGUGCCUUGAUCGAUUGCGGAGCAUCUCGCAACUACAUCAUCCAAGACUUCAUGGUAAGCGCCGACCUUGGCCCACGUGUCCGAAGGAAGUCCCAACCUACGCAAGUCACCCCGGCAGACAGUCAUACGCACAAGUCCAUCGACCGGUGCAUUGACGCCGUCCCGGUGUACUUUGCCCCUCACGCAAGUGAGGCGGUGUCCUUUGACAUUAUGGACACCAAAUUCGACAUGAUCUUGGGCAUGUCAUGGCUGCGAAGCGAGGAUCACCCGGUGAACUUCUUCAACCGCACCGUUCACAUUCGAUCAGCUGCCACGUGGUAUCCGCCGCAAGCAUGCGAGCUUCCAUCAUCAGAGACGACGUCAAGGAGAUGGGGGUGUGUUUUCUCCACGCCCUCCCGCCACAUGAUGCUUCAUCGACGGACUCACCUUCGGAUCAACGCAUCACCGAACUUCUCGACGCCUACAGCGACGUGUUCGAAUGCCCGCACGGAGUAGUACCAGAUCGACCCAUCCGCCACGAGAUCAUCCUCGAGGACGGAGCCGUACCUCCGUGCGGUUGCAUCUACCGAAUGAG